AUGGGACCCAUCAGCGUGGACAAGCUCACUGCCCUCCAGAAAAGCCCCGCCAGCAUCAGGAACCUGUGCAUCCUGGCUCACGUGGAUCAUGGCAAAACCACGCUGGCAGACUGCUUGGUGGCAAGCAAUGGCAUCAUUUCAAGUCGGCUGGCUGGGAAGCUGAGGUAUUUGGACAGCAGAGAGGACGAGCAGAUCAGAGGGAUAACGAUGAAGUCCAGUGCCAUUUCUCUGCAUUUUAGCAAAGGACAAGAGGAGUACUUGUUAAAUCUCAUCGACUCCCCUGGUCACGUGGACUUCUCCUCCGAGGUUUCCACGGCCGUCAGACUGUGUGAUGGAGCCAUCGUCGUCGUUGAUGCUGUGGAGGGAGUAUGUCCUCAGGUACGUGUUAUUGUCAACCCAGAGGCCGUUAAGGUGAAUGCUGUAACGGGGACGUUGUUCACAUCCAAAGUGCUGGAGGAGCGGGCAGAGAGAGUGAAGGAGGACCAAAAGGAGAGCGGGGCCUUGAGCGGUGACCAGGUUUAUGACUGGAGCUCGGGGUUGGAGGAGGCCGAUGACUCGCAACUCUACUUUUCUCCCGACCAAGGAAAUGUGGUGUUUGCCAGCGCCAUAGAUGGAUGGGGUUUCAGCGUCCAGCAGUUUGCCCACAUCUACAGUGAGAGAAUGGGUAUUAAGGCUGAGGUGCUGCUGAAAACAUUGUGGGGAGACUUCUACCUCGAUGCCAAAGCAAAAAGGAUCAUGAAAGGAGCUGAGGCAAAAGGGAAGAAGCCGCUGUUUGUGCAGCUUGUGCUGAACAACAUUUGGAGCUUGUAUGAAGCCGUCGUAACAAAGAGAGACAAAGACAGAGUGGAAAAGAUGGUGUCGGCCCUGGAGAUAAAGGUUGCUCCGAGGGACCUGCGUCACUCAGACCCAAAAGUCCUGCUGUCUGCCAUCUGCAGCCAGUGGCUGCCUGUGUCGCAGGCCGUCCUCUUGAUGGCUUGUGAGAAGCUGCCCAGUCCAAUAGACAUGACAGCAGAGAGGGUGGAGAGACUGAUGAACAUCGGAGCGCACCGGUUUGACUCGCUGCCUGAGCAGACCCAGAAUCUGAAAACAGCAUUCCUCCAGUGUUCCAGUGGGAAGGAUGCUCCGGUCAUCAUCUUUGUAUCUAAGAUGUUUGCCGUGGACGCGAAGGCCCUGCCACAGUUCAGACAGAGGCCAUUGAGCCAGGAGGAGAUUGUCCAGCGCAGGGAGCUUGUAAGGCGAAGACAUGCAGAGCGGAUGGCUGAAAUUACAGAAGGCAAAAAAGAAGCCACAGACAGGAAACUGGAAGACCAGACUCCUGCUAAUGUGGGGAGUCAGAUAGUAACAGAUCCGAAACCCGUGGAGGAAGAGGAUGUCUUCAUUGCAUUUGCCCGGGUCUACAGUGGGAUGGUCAGGAAAGGUCAAAGAAUAUUUGUGCUGGGACCAAAGUAUGACCCAGCCCAGGGCCUGAGCUUGCUCCCAGAGGGAUACAGUGCAACAGACUGUGUGUAUGAUGUACCUCAUCUGUCCUGUUGUUCUGUGAAAAGCCUGUACCUGCUGAUGGGCAGAGACCUAGAAGAGCUGGAGGAAGUCCCCGCAGGAAAUGUCCUUGGUAUUGGCGGGUUGGAGGAGUUUGUCUUGAAGUCUGCCACUCUGUCAGAAUCACCUGCCUGCCCACCCUUAACUCCACUCAACUUUGAGGCCACUCCCAUUGUGCGGGUUGCAAUAGAACCCAAACAUCCAAGUGAGAUGCCAAAACUAGUGCACGGCAUGCGUCUGUUGAACCAGGCAGAUCCGUGUGCUGAGGUUUUGAUACAAGAAACCGGAGAGCAUGUUCUGGUCACAGCUGGUGAGGUGCACCUGCAACGCUGUCUGGAUGACCUCAGAGAGAGGUUUGCAAAAAUAGAAAUGAGCGUCUCAAAGCCCAUCAUCCCGUUCAGAGAAACUGUGGUUCGUCCUCCAAAAGUUGAUAUGGUGAAUGAGGACCUAGGAAAGCAACAGAAAGUUGCUGUAAUUCAUCAGGUGAAAGAAGAAUCUUCUUCUGGCCGUUUAUCUGAAAGCAUACAGAUCGACUCCAGUGGUCUGGUUACCCUCACCACUCCCAACAGACUGGCAACUGUUGGCAUCCGUGCAAUACCAUUACCUCAGGAUGCCACGUGUCUUCUGGAGAGCAGCUCGGACGUGAUUCGUACUCUGGAGCAAAUCAACAUGUCUCUGAGGGAGGGGAAGACUGUGGACAUCAGCCUCAGAACCCUGGAGGCCAUUGCUGGACUGAAGGCGCAACUGGAAAACCUGCUGCCAGGCAGAAAAUGGAGGAACGCCGUGGAACGCAUCUGGGCUUUUGGCCCUCGCAGGUUUGGUCCCAAUAUUCUUCUGAACAGCCUAAAGGACUACAACCGUCCCUCGGUGUGGCAGUGUCUGAACAAGGACGAGCCGACCAAUCAGGCGGCGGCUCUGCGCGACCUCGACAACAGCAUCGUCAGCGGCUUCCAGCUGGCCACCUUGUCGGGGCCGCUGUGCGAGGAGCCGCUGAUGGGCGUGUGCUUUUCCAUCGAGAGGUGGGACGUUCAGUCACAGCAGGAUUCCGCCAGAGGGACGGACGGAGGAGUAGACGGCAGCGAGCAGGACGCCGGCCGGACGGAGGCCGCCUCGACAGAUUGCUACGGGCCCGUUUCCGGCCAGCUGAUCGCCGCCAUGAAGGAGGCCUGCCGUCACGCUUUCCAGGCUCAGCCCCAGAGACUCAUGGCAGCCAUGUAUACCUGUGAGAUCAUGGCAACUGCAGAGGUGCUUGGUCGGGUUUAUGGUGUGCUGGGGAAGCGAGAGGGGCGAGUCCUCCACGAAGAGAUGAAGGAAGGGACGGACAUGUUCAUCAUCAAGGCCGUUUUGCCCGUCGCCGAGAGCUUUGGGUUUGCCGACGAGAUCCGUAAAAGGACAAGCGGACUGGCCAGUCCACAGCUUAUUUUCAGCCACUGGGAGGUGAUCGGCAGUGACCCGUACUGGGUUCCCACCACAGAGGAAGAAUAUCUGCACUUCGGUGAGAAAGCAGACUCCGUCAAUCAAGCUCUCAAAUACAUGAAUGCAGUCCGCAGACGCAAAGGUCUUUACGUGGAAGAGAAGAUAGUGGAGCAUGCGGAAAAGCAGAGAACACUCGGCAAGAACAAGUAGACAGAGCAGGAACAACCUUUGGACAGUAUGUGUUUCUCUCUACGAUUAAAUGUGUAUAUGUAUCAUUGUAUGUAUGCAUAAGUGUAAAUAAUACACUUGAGGAUUCAAAUGUAAAAGUAAUCUUGUAAAAUCGUACCACAAAACCUACAUUAAUUUCCGUUUUCUAUUUCUAUUAAUGAUUAUCAACUUCCUAACCAGCUCGUGGCAAAAAAUGUUGAUCAUAGGCAAGUAUUUAUUCUUUAUUCUAAAUAAAAUCAAGCUUUCUUUUAUGGAGAAUGGCUUCUUUCUCCCUUUUAAUCUGUAGAAAGGUUGUAUGUGUGUUAAUAAAAUUCUCAUUGAGGCUCAUUGAGUUGUUGGAGUCCAAGUUUUAUUUUUCCAGCUUGGAGACAAGUGAGCAGUUUGAUUCAGAGGAUUAUCUGAUCUUAAGCAGCUAUUCAUGCAUAGAGAGAGAAGCCUUCCACCAAUCAGGGCUUCCAUUGAUGAUGUGACGUUGUUGACUACAAAGGUUCCAUGUUUGAGGAGAAUACUGAAAAGACUUGGUAAAAAUCUCAAGUGGGCUGGUAAGAAAAACAUGCCUAACAAAUCCAGGAGCAUCUCAACCAGUUGAGGGAAGUUAAGUGGUUGGAAGUCUGUAAUAGAUGAAGAAGGAAUUCCACUAAUUAGGGAAAAGUUAGUAAAGAGUUUAGGCAGGUGGUACCAGGCAGACGUGAAUGAUGGAGAGCAGGUAGAGCAGAUAUGGAAAGAUGCUGCUGAGAG